AUGCAAAUCAAUCAAUUCUUCAGCGAAAGACCUAACGUGACGCAGGCCGCCUGCGAUCAAUGGGCAGCAUCGGCUCUCGGUGGCCCUGUCCGUGCUUCAACUGUCCAAGGUGCCACCAGCUAUACUGUCGAAGCCGUUCAAGCUGGAAAAGGAGUUGUGCAGUUUCGUUCCCCUGACGAGGCCUUAGAUAUCACUCUGAUCCAGAGCGCCCAAGAAGCCUAUGGGUAUCAGUUCGUGCCAUGCCCUCGUGAUGGUGGCUGUCUGGCCGGCCUCAAGGCAUAUAUCAUGGACAACGUCGGCGGUGUCAGUGUCUAUCUCGCGCGAGACCAGCUGCGCGCCAAUGAUGGCCGCCUCUUGAGAGUCACUCUCACGGAUUUCGCACGGUAUCAAGCGUCUAGUUUCUGCCCCUCGAGCCGUUUUUGUAUGCUAACAAGAACGUUUAGGUUCUUCGCUUCCCCAUGGCAUAACAGGCCAACCUCGGUGUCUAGUCCCAGCCGCUCCCAGUUAUAUGCCAGCUAUGAGGCGGAUCUCAAGCAGCUGCGGGAGGGCCUUUCCUCACAGUGGCACAUAAUGCUCGACAACCUACUGCAGGGUCUUCCGCUCCUGUUCGCUAGCGACUGGCCCAUGGUGCCCAACCACACCGACCUGCUGGAGAACAAUAUCCAUGUUGACUCCUCGACGGGCCGCAUCACAGGAAUUUGCGACUGGCAUGACACCACUGUGAGCCCGUUUGGCACGUCGCUGUGGGGGGUCGAGAGUAUGCUUGGGGAGCGCACCACAACAGGCUGGCGCUGGGUGGGCAACUCGGCUAUGCUUCGCCGGGGCUUUUGGGAAGCGUUUGCCGCCGCAGCUGGGCCUCAGGUACCUAUAGAACAUGUUGAGGUUGCACGGCUGGUAGGGAUUUUCUUGAAAUUUGGUUUUGAAUGGGUGGAUCAGGAGACCAGGCGGCCUGUUAUGGAGGGGUCAUCGGACUUUUCCUUCCUUAAGGCUGUCACUCUGAAUGUUGAUAAGGGAGGUAGCUAA